AUGGCCCAGAUGACUGGCACAUUCACGUCCUCGCGGCCACUGCAUGAGCUCACCGCUUGUGAGGUUGGUCCGCUCCUACGUGAGGGAAGGUUGAGCGUCGAAGAGUAUGCGCGCGCCCUGAUAUCCCGUGUUCAGUCUCGUGAACCCGACAUCCAUGCAUGGGCCUUCUUCGAUCCCGAAUCUAUCCUCGCCUCGGCACGAAAGCUCGAUUCCCUUCCUCCAGACCAGCGCGGUCCGCUGCACGGCCUCGCUGUCGGUCUCAAGGACAUCAUCGACACGGAUGAUAUGCCGACGGAACACAACUGCCCCAUCUUCAAGGGCAAGGUGCCUGCCUCAGACGCACCUCUUGUCACCAUGCUGCGCUCCGCCGGUGCUUUGAUCUUCGGCAAGACAUCCACAACUCAGCUCGGUUGUUCGUCCCUUGGUCCUCCCACUAACAAUCCCCACAAUGCCGAUCGGUCCCCGGGUGGGAGCAGCACUGGGUCUGCAGCUGCUGUGGCAGACAUGCAUGUGCCAUUGGCGAUUGGUGCGCAGACCGCUGGGAGCGUCAUUCGGCCUGCGUCGUACUGUGGCGUAGUGGGUCUCAAGCCGACAUGGAACGCAGUGUCGAGGGAAGGUGUCCGCAUCUACUCGAUCUCGCUGGACACCGUGGGGUUCUUCGCACGGAGCGUAGACGAUAUCACCCUUUUGACCAACAUCUAUGGCCUACACGAUGACACACAACCACCGCCGGGGGAGCUUGACUUCUCUGCGGCGCGGUUUGCAGUCGUGCAGUCGCCUGCCUGGCAUCUUGCCGAGCCAGCGACGGAUGCUGCAUUGGAGGCCGCAGCGGCCGCGCUCGAAGCUGCUGGCGCCGAGGUCGAACGGCUCGAUCUCCCAGAGCUGAACCCUGUCCCACAGUGGCACGCCACUGUGAUGGCAGCUGAAGCGCGCAUCUCGCUACUGGCCGACUAUGGUGCGCGUCCUCACCUCCUUGACGCCUCUGCCCGCGCUCAGUGCGAGGCCGGUCAGCACAUCUCGCGAUCGACCUACACUACGGCGUACGACGGCAUCGCGGCUCUUCGACCAACCUUCGACGCUCUUGCGGGCAGGUACACAGCCAUAGUUACGCCCAGCGCCACAGGCGAAGCCCCGCUGCUGGACGAAGUGCGCUCGACAGGCAGUCCAGCCUUCAAUGCCAUCUGGACGGCCCUGCGAGUCCCAGUCGUUAGCCUCCCUGGCCUCACUGGCCCCAAUGGCAUGCCGGUCGGGAUCUCGCUCGUGACUCCUCGGUACCAUGAGCAACAUCUCCUCAGAGUAGCACAAUCCGUCGCGCGCGUGCUCGCGCCACGACGGUGA